AUGGCUGCGUCGGCAGAUUUAAGUAAGUCUUCCCCAGCAACGAAUGGGAUCUCGUCUUCAGACACAACCAAUGAAGCCAUGCCCCGCUUCCGUGCUUGCAGUAUUCUUAAGCAACUCAAAACAAUGUACGAUGAAGGACAGUUGACAGACAUUGUAGUGGAAGUGGAUCACGGGAAAACAUUUUCCUGCCAUAGAAACGUUCUUGCUGCAAUCAGCCCCUACUUCAGGUCCAUGUUCACUAGCGGCCUUACAGAGAGUACUCAGAAAGAAGUUUGAAUCAUUGGUGUCAAAGCUGAAUCAAUGGAUUUAGUAUUGAAUUAUGACUAUACCCCUAGAGUUAUUCUGACAGAGGCCAAUGUUCAAGCCUUGUUCACUACAGCUAGCAUCUUCCAAAUUCCUUCCAUACAAGACCAGUGUGCUAAGUAUAUGAUUAGUCAUUUGGACCCACAAAAUUCUAUUGGGGUCUUUAUCUUUGCUGAUCAUUAUGGUCAUCAAGAACUUGGAGAUCGAUCAAAAGAAUACAUCCGUAAAAAGUUUCUGUGUGUCACCAAAGAACAAGAGUUUCUCCAGCUGAUAAAAGACCAACUCAUAAGCAUACUAGAUAGUGAUGAUUUAAAUGUAGAAUGGGAAGAACAUGUUUAUGAAAGCAUUAUAAGGUGGUUUGAACAUGAGCAAAAUGAAAGAGAAGUACACCUUCCAGAAAUUUUUGCCAAAUGUGUACAUUUUCCUUUGAUGGAAGAUACAUUUAUCAAGACAAUUCCACCUCAGUUUGCACAGGCCAUAGCCAAAAGCUAUGGAGAAAAGGGACUAUCCAACACCAAUGGCUGUACACAGAGGCUUGGAAUGACUGCUUCUGAAAUGAUCUUAUGUUUUGAUGCUGCACACAAACACUUAGGAAAGAAGCAAACAGUGCCCUGUCUAGAUAUAGUCACAGGAAGAGUGUUUAAACUAUGCAAACCACCAAAUGACCUAAGAGAAGUUGGGAUUCUGGUAUCACCAGAUAAUGACAUUUACAUUGCAGGAGGGUACAGGCCAAGCAGCAGUGAGGUCUCCAUCGAUCAUAAGGCAGAAAAUGAUUUUUGGAUGUAUGACCAUUCCACCAAUAGAUGGCUAUCCAAGCCAUCCUUGCUUCGAGCCAGAAUAGGCUGCAAACUAGUGCAUUGCUCUGGUAAAAUGUAUGCAAUUGGAGGGCAUGUGUAUGAAGGUGAUGGAAGAAACUCCCUGAAGUCUGUGGAGUGCUAGGACAGCAGAGAGAACUCCUGGAUGACUGUUUGUGCGAUGCCAGUUGCAAUGGGGUUUCAUAAUGCUGUGGAGCACAAAGAGAAGAUCUAUGUUUUACAGGGAGAAUUUUUCCUCUUCUAUGAGCCUCAAAAAGACUACUGGGGAUUUCUAACCCCCAUGACUGUGCCUAGAAUCCAGGGCUUGGCAGCUGUGUACAAAGACUCCAUCUACUUCAUAUCUGGAACCUGUGGAAAUCAUCAGCGUGUGCUUACUGUAGAAGCCUAUGAUAUAGAGCUAAAUAAAUGGACUCUUAAGAAGGAUUUUCCAUGGGAUCAGUUUAUAAAUCCAUACCUUAAGCUGGUACUUUUCCAGAAUAAACUCCAUUUAUUUGUCUGAGCUACUCAAGUGACUAUUGAAGAACAUAUCUUCAGAACCAGCAGGAACAAUUCUCUUUACCAGUAUGAUGAUAUUGCUGACCAGUGGAUGAAAGUGUAUGAGAUCCCAGAUCAGCUGUGGGACCUUGGCUGCCGUUUUGAGUGUACUGUGGAUAAACUCUAUCCUCAGUGUCUUCAGAAAGUACUGUAA